AUGGCCAUGGCUUCUUCAGCAGCUACAAAAGUCCGUCUGCAGGGCUCGAGUCAAAAAGUGACCGCAUCUUUGGCACGGUCAAAGUCUACAGCGGCCUCACCCGCCGCAUGGGCGACCUCGUCGUCGUGCACGUCGUCGAUGGUCGAAGCCAAGCAGAGAGUGCGCGAACACGCACGGUACAUCAGUCAGACCACCUCUGCUAACGCGACUGCCGCUCCUUCUGUACGCCCAAACCCAGCACCCGGUUUCCAACAAGCCCCACCAGCGACCCUCCCACCAAAACAACACCGCGAAGCGCCCCUGGCGAACCCCAACCCCGCCCUCGACCACAGCUUCGUCGGCCUCACCGGUGGCCAAAUCUUCCACGAAAUGAUGUUGCGGCAUGGGGUGAAGCACAUCUUUGGGUACCCUGGCGGAGCCAUCCUGCCGGUGUUCGACGCCAUCUACAAGAGCCCCCAUUUUGAUUUCGUGCUGCCGAGACAUGAGCAGGGUGCAGGCCACAUGGCGGAGGGCUAUGCCCGUGUGUCGGGAUUGCCUGGUGUCGUCCUCGUUACCUCAGGUCCUGGGGCUACGAACGUCAUUACGCCGAUGCAGGAUGCUCUGAGCGACGGUAUUCCCCUCAUCGUCUUCUCCGGCCAGGUAGCGACUGCUGCCAUCGGCUCGGACGCUUUCCAGGAAGCGGAUGUCGUCGGUAUCUCAAGAAGCUGCACCAAGUGGAACGUGAUGGUCAAGGACAUCAACGAGCUCCCAAGACGCAUCAACGAGGCGUUCAAGAUCGCCACCUCCGGACGCCCCGGCCCUGUCCUCGUCGAUCUCCCCAAGGACGUUACCGCCAGCAUCCUCAAGACCCCUCUGCCCUACAAAGCUACCACCCCUGGCGUCAACCUCGGCCUGCCCAACAGCUUCCUCCAGAGCAGCGAUCCUCCCGUCGACCACGCCCUCGUCGAGCGCGCCGCCGACCUCAUCAACCGUGCCCAACGCCCCGUGAUCUAUGCCGGCAACGGUGUCCUCUCCUCCCCCAUGGGCCCUAAGUUCCUCGCAGAGCUGUCCGAGAAGGGCAACAUCCCUGUGACGACGACCCUGCAGGGCCUCGGUGCGUUCGACGAGACGAACGCGCGGAGUCUGCACAUGUUGGGUAUGCACGGUAGUGCGUACGCCAACCUGGCGAUGCAACACGCCGACGUUAUCAUCGCCCUCGGUGCACGCUUCGACGAUCGUGUGACCGGCAAGCUCGACACCUUCGCUCCCGCCGCCAAGGCCGCUGCUCGCGAGGGUCGCGGUGGUAUCAUCCACUUUGAGAUCCAGCCCAAGAACGUGAACAAGGUCGUCGAGGCUCAGAUCCCCGUCCUCGGUGACGUCGUCGCCAACCUCGCUGCCCUCGUUUCUCACAUCAAGAAGGCACCGAGAGAGGAGUGGUUCGCUGAUAUCCAGAAGUGGAAGAAGGACUAUCCGUUCACGUAUGUUCCCAGCAAGAAGGGCGAGCGGAUGAAGCCUCAGGAGGUUGUGGAGGAGUUGGAGAAGCAGACGAAGGAUCGCAAAGACGAUGUGAUUGUGUCGACAGGUGUUGGACAGCAUCAGAUGUGGGCCGCACAGUUCUUCAGGUGGAGACAGCCUCGGUCGAUGGUCACCUCUGGUGGAUUGGGCACCAUGGGCUUCGGUCUGCCAGCGGCUAUCGGUGCCAAGGUUGCCGCUCCCAACAAGGUCGUCGUCGACAUCGACGGUGAUGCUUCCUUCAGCAUGACUGCUAUGGAGCUCGCCACUGCCGCCCAGUACGGUAUCGGUGUCAAGGUCCUCAUCCUUAACAACGAGUUCCAAGGAAUGGUGUUGCAAUGGCAAGAUCUGUUCUAUGAGAAGCGCUACUCCCACACACGCAUGAUCAACCCCGACUUUGUGCUGUUGGCCAAGGCUAUGGGUGUACACGGCAUCAAAUGUAACUCUGCGGAGGAGCUGCCAGCGAAGAUGAAGGAGUUCUUGGAGUACGACAACUCGAAGCCUGUGGUGCUGGAGUGCUUCGUGGAGAAGGAUGAGCAUGUGUUCCCCAUGGUUCCAGCCGGCAAGGCGCUCCAUGAGCAAUUGCUCCAUCCGAUGUUGACCAACAAGGAUUAG